AUGUUGCGAUUACUCUGUCUGCUGUCCGUGUGCUUGUCUGUUUGUGUGUCGGAUGUCGACAAGGCAUGGGCUAAAUUCCGACAGAAGAAGUACACGUCUUUUAUUAUAACAGAGGGAGUGGGUGAGGAUGGGGAACCCAUUGAGACAAUCGAGGAUACUGUAAAUGAUCUGAAAAGGAAGGAGGAAAAAGCAAGAUUUACAAACUUCAAGAAAACGUUCUCACUAAUAGAGGAAACAAACAAAGGACAGAAAGACUUCCAGGCAGAUGUCAACGACUUUGCAGACUAUUCUGAGUCAGAGUGGGAGGUCAACCUUUUCGGUUUGAACAUGACGAGAAGGGCGGAGGAGGAAGGAAUGUUUGCUCCUGAGGAGGCCGGUGUUAGCUCAGAAGGUGCCCCAGAUUCAGUUAACUGGGUGGAGAAAGGAAAGGUAACUGGGAUCAAGUUUCAAGGCGUCUGUGGAAGUUGCUGGGCCUUUGCAGCAAUCUCCGUCUUGGAGUCUCACUAUGCUAUAUACGGGGGAAGUUUGAAGUUCAUGAGCGAACAACAGUUGCUGGACUGUGUGUACCCUGACGAAGACGCUUGUCAAGGAGGGUGGUACAGUGACGGGUGGGUUGCUAUCAGAUCCCGACUAUACAACUCACUGCCCACAGAGACCAGUUACCAGUACCUAGGUUCCACUACACAGUGCGUCAGACAGAGAGGAGAUAACGCACUGGUAGCUGCUAAUGUGGACUAUCCUCAGAUCGUCAGCGUUCCUUACUCUGAUCAGCAGAGUGGUCCGAUCUACGACCAAGAUCUAGCUAACGCUGUAGCUAUAGGACCUGUAGCUGUUGCUAUGAGGGUCGUUAGUACAUUCAAAGUCUACAAAGGGGGCCUGUACACUGAACAGAACUGCAAAAGUGGAAAUCCAAACCAUGCGGUUGUGGUGGUGGGAUACACUCCGGAGCGGUUCAAGAUCCGAAACUCCUGGGGUACGUCCUGGGGAGAGAAGGGGUACGCUUGGUUUGACAGGAGGGUUCAAAACCAGUGCUGGAUAGCUAAGUGGGCCGAGUACCCUAAACUCACCGACACUGGCAAACCUGACGAAAAGAAAUCGGAGGAUCCCUGCCAGUCUCUGACAUGUCUGAACCGCGGAGUGUGCGCCCCCAGCAAGGACAAGAGAACAGCACGAUGUUUCUGCCCUAUCGGAUUUGAGGGAGACAACUGCGAAGCUAAGGCCUGUGUGGACGUUAUCAAGAGGUGUCCUAAACCAGCGUCCAAGAAGUGCAGGAACAAGAAAUAUCAGACCAAGUGUCCUGUCACCUGCGGAUCUUGUUAUAAUUGA